AUAUUUCCAGAAAGGACUCAGAGUCCAAUGGCAUAUAAAAGACUACUUUGCCCUCAGCAGUACAUAAUCCCCAGGUCUUCUGUAAGCACACUUUCUUUUGAAGAAGAAAGCUACAGAGAAGGCUGUUCCUCCCCAGCACCAUCCAGUGAAAUAGAUGAGGCCCCACUGAGCUUCACUGUUGGGGAGGAGAUUAAUAAUGGAGCCAAGGGAGCAUCCAAGCAGGCCUGGAACAGUCCAUUUGUGUGGCAGCCAAUGACACAAAAGCCUAUCCAGCCAUUCCCGGUAAAUCCUCUCCACCUGGAGGCUGCAGGCAUGCACAUCAGUAGACACAGGAGACUUCAGAACCAGCCCUUGGCCGACUCCAAGGGAAAUUCUGGUCCCGCCGCGAGGCGACCCUCCACUGCCACCGGCCUCUGCAGGAGGAGCCAGACCCCCCUGUCCCCGCAGGGCUCCUGGCAGAGCUGCUCGGAACCCGAGCUGGGGGAGAUGACCGCGGCCACAGCGGGCGCUCGGGCCCCCAGCGACACGCGGAGCGGGCUCCGGGGCGCGGCCGGACGUGCGGUCGGAGGAGGCGCGGUUGCCAUGGCACGGAGGAUGCUCCCCAAGCAUCCCCAGCCCCGGGAAGGGAGGCCUGGGGCAGACCCCUCGCUCCACGGCGAUCUGGCAGGAGAGCCCCUUCCUCUGCUGGCCGGUGCUCCCACCCAUUUCCCCUCCGAGAGGUUCAUAAAGGUUUGCUCCUCGGCACCCCCCCCGCCCCGGCGCUUCCAUACGGUUUGUUCACAGGCCCCGCCGAGGCCGGCGGUGAAUGCUCACUCGCGCUGACCGCUGCGAGGGAAUUGUUCCGCCCGCGCUGCCGUCCUCCAAUCAAUGCCUGCUCGGAACAACAGAAAGGGCCUCAGAUGGACUGGUUUCCACAGGACCAUUGUUAGGCUUUUG